AUGGCAUCUCCUCUUCAUUCCUUCACUGCUUAGCUAGUGAUUAAAACCCAAUGCAAUUUCUCUCAAAGUAUUCUUUUAUUCCCACUCAUUUUAAUUAGGAGUAAUAUAUAGUUCCAGCUAGUACUACGACUUCACUUCAGGCUGUUAGCUGAUCCAGUUAACCUUGUUUUAUGGCUAUUUCGGGUUUCGAAGGGUUUGAGAAGAGGCUCGAGCUCCACUUCUCCAGCGAUGAUCCGGUGAUCGGAGCGGGAGGACUCCGCCAGUUGAGCUUCGAGUCGUUGGAGGAGGUGUUGCGUGCGGUGCAGUGCACGGUGGUUGCAGCCGUGGGGAACCAAUAUUUUGACUCCUACGUUCUCUCAGAAUCAAGCCUGUUUGUGUACCCCACCAAGAUCAUAAUCAAGACAUGUGGGACCACCCAGCUGUUGAAGUCCAUCCGUCCGAUGAUCCACUUUGGCGGUGAGAUGGGCCUCACAUUAUCCGAGUGCAGAUAUACUAGAGGGAACUUUAUUUUCCCUGAAGACCAACCAUACCCUCACAUAAGCUUCAAAGAAGAGGUCAUCUAUUUAGAAACCAAUUUGCCUAGCCAUCUUUGCUAUAGAAAGGCAUCAAUCUUGCCCUCCAAGUUAAGCUCUCAUUCAUGGCACGUGUUCUGCGCCACAAAUGGAACCCCCGAGAUGGCCAGAUCCAUCUCGGACAAUAAUAAUCACUCCACUACUCUUAUUGAAGUUUGCAUGACACAACUGGAUAAGGUGGUGGCCCGCAAGUUUUUUGCUAGACGUGACAUGUUAGGAAAAGAUGUGACAGAUGCCAGUGGCAUAGGUCACAUCAACCCUAACUCAAUCAUUUGUGACUUUGCAUUUCAUCCUUGUGGAUACUCCAUGAACGGUAUUGACAAUGACCGUUACUCCACCGUCCAUGUGACACCGGAAGACGGUUUCAGCUACGCUAGUUAUGAGUGUGUGUGGCCCGCUUACGACGAUGAUGAUAUCGUCCGAGUCUUGGAGAAGGUGGUGCAAGUAUUUCGGCCCGAUAUAAUGUCGGUAUCGAUUACGUGCAAUGCAUGGACCCCCUCGGAAUGGAAGGGUGUGACUAAAGCCAUGGACCCCCUCGGAAUGAAGUGUCGGAGCUCCGUGACGAAUGAGUUCCCAGAGGCCGGAAUUAACGUAACCUUCCAAACCUAUACGCCUCGCCGGAAGUGAGGCGUAUGGAUGGAAAUUAAGCGUGCAUGGGGAAGAUAGACAUGUGAAUGGUAUAAUAUGAUGCAUGCAUGCAUGCCUCUGCCGUGUGAUCAUUGGUGUCAACGUGGGGGAAACAUUAUUAUAUUAGCUAGCUAGUUACCAAUGAGAUUAUGUUAUAUGGGAUUGUGUGGGUUGUUCAUGAGAUAUAAUGAUGCACCCCAUUUGCUAUAUGUUAAGUUUGGCUGGCACGCUUGCAAUUUUAAUUUUGAGGUUGCGAAUUAAUACGAAGCUAGUACUCCGUACUAUUGUUUAUCGCAUUUCCAGUAUAAUUAAUUAUUAUUUGUAGUGGUCACUGGUCGAUAAGAGAACUCAAAACAUGUAUUCAUCGAGUGGACUUUUA